AUGAGACCGGAGACGAUACAAAACUGGCCGGGAAACCCUCGUGGAGGCAUCGCCGAUAAGGUAGACUCCAAGAUCAGCUAUGAUGCCACCGGCCAAGUGGGAGCUUGGGGGUUCAUGGUCGAUGCUAGCUUGAAUUUGAACAACCAGCGAUGUGAGGAAUUGUUCAAGCUUUACCUCGAUCCAGAUUUUCAAGAUCCGUAUGAAGGAGCACCGUCCUUCCGAGAAGCCAGAACGUGGUUCACAGACUAUCUCUCAUGUGUCUAUCGUGCCGUUACCCGCCAUUUGAGCGACACCAUCCCUAAAUUCGCAUCAAAACAUGUCGAGUUCAGAUUCAGCGUCCCGACGACCUGGAAGAAUCCUGCCAUGAUUGCCGAAACAGAGCAACUAAUCCGUAACGCUGGGUUCGGUGGUGAAAGUUCUAAACAUACCAUUGAAAUCGCCUUAACGGAGGCUGAGGCAGCAGCUGUGUAUGCCUCGAAGCAGCAUUAUGAAGAAGGCGAUGUGUUCCUUGUUUGCGACGCAGGUGGAGGCACUUCCGACGUCAACAUUUUGAAAGUGGUGUCUUCAGGAGUAGGGCAGACAGAGCUCGAACCUCUGUCAUGGGUAGAGGGCAGAGCGAUCGGGUCAACGCUGAUCGACUUUCGAGUGGAGAAGCUGAUUGCUGAGCGCCUCAGAUGGAUCAGACACUACCUCCCGGCAGAGCCAGAAGCAGUUGCGUUUAGAAUGCUGCGGGAGAGUUCGAGAUUUGAGAGUUUCAAGUGCAACCUUGGUGACGAGGCAAUGGAUCUACCAUCCCUUCGACUUCCAGUUCCCGGUCUGGCCUACGGCACAAACUUAGAAAUAGCCCACAUUGAAGACUCACAGAUGAUCAUAACGAAAGAUGAACUACAAAAAGUUUUCGAUGAUCAGAUAUCCAAAAUCAUAAACUUGAUCGAUGAACAACUGGCAAUCCUUCAGAAGACGAACCCUCAAGAGACAAUAACAUACCUCAUCCUUUCCGGUGGCCUGGGAAGCUCGCCAUAUCUGCAGAUGAAGCUGAGAGAACACUAUCAAGCAGCCACGGCUCGCUUUUCAAAUGCACAACACAUGCAGGUACUGAAGACCCCAAAACCACAGCUGGCAGUUUGCCACGGAUUAGUCCUCGAUCGAGUCCAGCAAAUCAAAGACGAUCGUGUGGUUUACAAAGAGAGGUAUUGUCGAAAUUCAUAUGGUGUUGUGGUCCGUCGGGCGUAUGACCCGAACAUACACUUCAACGAGCCAGUUAGUGUCGAUCCUAGAGAUCAAAAAUGCUGGGUGGAAAACCAGAUCGAUUGGUUUAUGGUUCAGGUGAGUGGAGUCUUGUGCAAGAUUUGGGCCAGCAGUAACUGUGGACAGGGCCAAAAGGUGUCAGUUCAGCAGGGAGUGAAACAGCACUACUCUAUGAAGGUGCAACCUGGUCGGGAACAUCAGCUCUGGAAUACGGAGGUUGUCAUGUCGACUCUCCCCGCUGACCUGUUGCCGACAAGCUUAAAUAAAUCCGGGGCCCAGCGCGUGUGCAAGGUGGAAUCGUCACUUCCCCAAGACAUGAAGCUGAAGAAUCGCCAUUGGUACAAUGCUCGGCCUCAAUACCUCCGGGCAGAAUUCGACUUGCAGGUACUCAUCGGACCAGCGGACUUGAAGUUUCAGACACUGAGCAAGGACGGCAUCAUUAGUAGAGACCAUGCCGCCAUUAACGUGGAAUGGUCCUCAUCCUCGAAAGACGCAAGCCAGCCCGAAAUCGCGGAGCUCGAUGGAAAUCAGGCCUUUGAUGCGCAAAGCAAAGUCCACAGGUGGUCUCUGAGGCCGAGAUGA